AUGCUGGAUGCAAGGAUACAAACGCCUACCCUCUAUCGUGGCAAUACUAGUCCGAAAAAUUGGACUCGUUACGAAACGAGUAGGCGGAUCCAGCAACGUCUUAAAACACCCCUGCAGACUGCGGACAACACGAGGACUGAGUGUCCGGUCCAUUAUGGUUCAACAUGUCUGAGGAAAGCUGGCCUGUUAAGGACGCCAACCAAUCUACGUGAGGCAAGCUUUGACUACGAAGUUGAAGCUCACACUUUCACGGAGCAGACCAACUACCCAUUGACUCGAGUCACAGCGAACUGCGCUCGAUUCACUCGUAAAGCAGCGAAGGGCAAACAACUUGCUCUUGAAGUUUCAAUGCUAGUGGCAGCCACACUGAAUUAUGUUCAUCAACGAAACCUCGAAGACAGCUUCACUGCUGCUUAUCAAAUACAUAUAACGAAGCCUCAUGCACAAUUUUCACAGAGACCAGGAGAAACUGAAGCUGAACACAGCGACACGCUUAAAACAUACCUUGAAGAGGAAUCAUCGAGGAAGUGGACACCUUCUCGAACAGCGUCGCUACCUUCCUCCUUCCUCACAGACACUACCGCUGCCAAAGGAGGUAGAACCUGUCACAAUACUUCCUCGGGUGAAAUGUACUCGCGCUUCUACAAGCAAGAAACAAUCCCAAGUAUUUUCGUUUUGCCAGGUACCUUUCGGUACCAAUGCAAGCUCAGCUAUUUUAAACCAACUGAUACUGAAGCACAUUCAAGGAUCGCAGAACUUUCCAACUCCCUCUACGUAGACAAUGUGCCACUCGACGAUAAGAAGCAAACGAAUUAA